GGGCACUAGGACCCAGCUGCCCCCGGCUCCAUGCAGCAGCACUCUGCCGCUGCUAGAGGAGGACCAGAAAUCUGCAGCUCCACAGAAUGAAGAGAUCAAAAUGAUGCUGCCUGCAAAAAGGGAUUAAACUCUGGGGCUGCUGGUGGAUAACACAGAUUCGCCACCGGGGUGUUGAGACUGGAGACAUGCCGUCGCUGAGCAUCCGUUGUGACGCUUGAAUGACCAUGAUGAAGACCGAAUCCACAUCCAAGAGCACCGGCUCUGGCUCCACGCUCAGGAGCCCAUCCCCGCACCGAAACGCGUACGAGGCGGGGAUGCAGGCCCUGAAGCCCGUCAAAGACAAUGCAGCGAACGGGGACCUGCAGGAGGGCCCCCGAGGGCGCAGGUACGGCUCUAAUGUGCACCGUAUCAAAAACAUGUUCCAGCAGAUGCAGACCACAUCCCCAGCCGAUGCAGAUGGGGAGGACGUCGCCAAGAACGCGGACAAGUCGGCACGCCUCACCCUCCCCAGAGCAGGGAGUCUGAAUGAAAACGUGGACCACAGCGCGCUCCUGAAGCUCGGAUCCACCGUGUCCGAGCGUGUGAACAAGUUCGACACCAAACCUGAAAAUGGGCACCAGCGGGCCUCCUCACCCAGCUACUCAAAGCUGCAAGAGACACGCCGCAUCUUCGAGCAGCAGCAGGAGAGGCAGCAGCAGGAGAAACUGGCCACCACCAGAGUCCUCCUCAAGACAGACAAGGCCUCGGGCUUCCAGGAUGGCAGGCUGGACGUGGUGGCUCGUUUCAAUGGCAGCACAGAGUCUCUGGACAGCCUGGACACCAGUGAUGCUGUGUCCCCCACAGUCAGUCAGCUCAGUGCAGUCUUUGAACGUGCAGCAGAGCUCAGAAACAACCUCCAUCGCCUCUCCUCCACCCCACCUCUCCCCUCCAGGGGGGUCAGCGCCAAGGUGGGUGUCUUGAACUCCAAAAUAAUCACAAAAAGGGCUUGUAAUUUUGCAGCAAGCAACAAGGAAGAUGAGAUUAAGAGUCAGAACGGGCAAGAUGGAUCUCAAAGGGGCCAAAGGGGGAGGAUGACACCCCCAUCUGAAGGCAUUAACGGGGGCCAAAACACCCAAACUGCUGAACAUUUCAGCUCUGUAGGAGAGCAUAGAGAAAAGACAGUUGCAGAUGCAGGCGUGGAAGCAAAAUCUGAGGUUAAAUCUGAGGAAUACUCUGCUGCAAGGGAGCUUAAAAGCACAUCACUGCAAGGUGACAUCUCUGUGGAAAAUGGAGAAAUCAUGUCAGAGAAGCAGAGCUCUCCAAAGGGGGGUGAAAUGUUCAAGCAGGAGGGGUAUAAGGAUGCAGAUGACGAGGAAGACAGGACAGUCAGAGAGGACCAGUCGGGACGGGACUCUGUGGAUAUCAGUACCUACAGCGCAGUAGGGGAGGACUUUGGAGGGAGCCAGGUGGACGAGGAGGAGGAAGAGGAUGACGACCGCUACGAGCCAGAGUCCAGCUGUGUGGAGAUUGUUGGGCUGCCUAUGGAGGAGGACCCGCCCCCUUCUAGGAAGAUUCGCUUCAGUACAGACCCCAUCAAGGUGUUUGCCACCUAUCCCAACGAGGACUACGACAGGCGUAAUGAAGACGUGGAUCCCAUGGCGGCUUCUGCGGAGUACGAGCUGGAGAAGAGGGUGGAGAGGCUGGACCUGUUCCCCGUGGAGCUGGAGAAAGAUGGCGAUGGCCUGGGCAUUAGCAUCAUCGGGAUGGGUGCAGGGGCUGAUAUGGGCCUGGAGAAACUUGGCAUCUUUGUGAAGACAGUCACAGAGGGAGGAGCGGCUCACAGAGACGGCAGGAUCCAGGUGAAUGAUCUGAUCGUGGAGGUGGACGGGACCAGUUUGGUGGGAGUCACCCAGAGCUUUGCCGCCUCUGUACUCAGGAACACCUCAGGAACCGUCAAGUUCGUGAUUGGUCGAGAGAAGCCCGGGGAGCAGAGCGAGGUGGCCCAACUCAUCCAGCAGACCCUGGAGCAGGAGCGCUGGCAGAGGGAGAUGAUGGAGCAGCGCUACAACCAGUACAUGGAUGAGCAGGAGGGUGGUGAAUACGGCACAGAUGAAGAGGAGGAUGACGAUGAGGAGGUCAGCCCGCCGUAUCCCAGUGCCAUCGAGGUGUUCGACUUGGCAGAGAAUGAGGACAUGUCGCCUCUGGAGACGGAUCCUGAGAAACUGGCUCAUAAAUACAAAGAGCUACAAAUAAAGCACGCCGUGACACAGGCUGAGAUCCAACAGCUGAAACGAAAGCUGCACCACGCGGAGCAGGAGAAGCAGCGCUGGCGUAUGGAUAAGGCCCAGCUGGAGACGACCCUGCAGGAGAACAAGGAGCGCAUGGAGAAGCUGGAGGGAUACUGGAUGGAAGCUCAGAGUCUUUGUCAGGCUGUGGACGAGCACCUGAAGGAGACCCAGUCUCAGUAUCAGGCCCUGGAGCGCAAAUACAGCAAAGCCAAACGGCUGAUCAAGGAGUACCAGCAGAAGGAGAUCGAGUAUCUAAAGAAGGAGACUCAGCGUUGUGCACAAGUCGGAGCAGAGGCGUCCCAGCUGAAGGAGGAGUCAGGACAGCUCCAGGAGCAGGUGGCUGAUCUGGAGUGCCGGGUAGAGGAGCUCAAAUCUGAACCUUUAUAAAGCCUUUCUCCCUUACUUAUGGAAAGCAAAGCUCCACCAGGAGUAACCCGAAGAAAGUGUUGUUGUACUCGCAGAGACCUGCAGGGUAUUUCUCGGUUUCUGGCCACAUACUCUCGACGUGCCCUCAGACUUUGUAUUUCAGCCUCAUAACCCUUUUUAACCAAGUUUUUCUGUUAGCAUUUAAGGGACAGAAUGCUUCAAUCAUCACAAAUACAGACUCUGUGGAGCUCUUGAUGUGUACUGUUCCUUUUUUUAUUUUCCACGCUUCGGUAUUUAACCCAUUAAUUUGUCGUUUUGUGACGAACCAGCUGUUGCUUUUAUUUGCCAAAUUUUCCUUUUCCUUUCUUUCGCCUAGUUUUGUGACCUUCUUUUUAUUUUCUCAAGUUUGUACAGAUGUGAUACCGUGUGGUUUAACAAUCAGUUUGGUUUGUAAAAAAUUUUAAUAUGUGUAUAACAUUUAGCAUAAUAUAAACUAAUGAGAUUUGAGGGGUUGUUGUAUAUUUUACGUGAUGAAGAUGUGUACAUUGGGACGGAGAUUGCACUGAAGAAGACAUCGACAAGAUGCUUCACUGGAACGCAGGAAGAAAACAGGAAACGUGCGUGACGUGUCUUGGAAUAUGUACAAACAGUUACCCAACCUUCGUAGGGGUCAUGUCACUUAACCUUGAGAACCACCUGCUGCCUACCUUUCAGAAGUGUUUGUGUGUUUUUUACACAUUAAGACUCAUGAACGAGCAUCCAAUCCUCUGUUUCAAACCCCCUCGCUCCUUUGAAAAUAAAGGACCAAACAGAAACAAGCCUCCACAACUGCUGUGCCACAGAUGAAAAUGGAUCUUUUCCCCCCUCUAAUGGAUGUUGUUAAGGAUUUGUGUAACUGGUAUUAGCUAGGACUACUGAUAUAUGAAACAGGACUCAGACCGGGAUGUUAAAGAAGCCGUAACCAGCAGCAAAGUCAUCAAUUUGAGAAAGUUGUGUCUCUAACCAGCAGCUGCACUUGACUCCGCUGUGUGUAGCACAUGGAAAACACUGCCAGGUUUAUUAUACCUGUUUCAAUUUCCGCACAGUUUGAAAUGAAAUUGAGUCUACUUGUGUCAACUGUCAUACCAGUAUGUUUGUAUAGUUCAGGUUAAGACUGAAAUAUUUUAAUUUACUUCAUAUUUAUAAUAUAGUCAAGGUGGAAAUAUGAGCUAACAAGGACAAAAACUGACAAAAGCAAUGCAAACAGUAAAGUGUAAUAGACAGUUAUACUGUGUCAUGUAAAAAUGAAGUAGAUCUGGAUGACUACAUAAAAUUAAGAUUAAUUAAUCAAAAAAACAGGCAUGGUUAUGAGUAUUUUCAUAAUAUUAAGGCUUGUACAGUGCACAUGCUUUGCAUUGUAUGUUUUGUGGAAUAAAUGGUCAACAGUGA